AUGUUAUCAAUUGAGCCUAAUUCAGGGUUGAGAAUCCUUAUACAGCUCAAAAAUGGUGAAUCCAACGUUGUAUUCAACACUGCUUCGAAACUGAUAAACCCCAGUUUUUAUCUGAAUCAGACGCAACCUCCCUCGAUCCAUUCUUGCUUUCUGAAAUUGUGUUUCCUUUGUAACAAGCACUUGAGUCUUGAUAAAGAGGUGUACAUGUAUAGGGGUGAUCAGGGUUUUUGCAGUGUGGAAUGCAGAAGUAGGCAAAUAUAUAUAGAUGAAAUGAAAGAGAUAGAAAUUUCUACUAAGAAAGUGUUGGCAUCGAUGAGGCAGCGCGGGAGCAGUGGCCGGUGUGAGACUAGUAGCGUUUUAGAGGAAUCCCGGCAGCGGCGCCGCCCAUUUUCAACUCGAACAAGUCGAGUUGUUUUCUCCUAG